AUGGCGGCGGCCCUGUCUGCUCGCUGCCUCCGUUUCCGCAGAGGUUCUGCCUUGCUGCAGACCGCUCGGGGCCCAGGUGUGUGUGAAGCGAAGCUCGGCUGCAGAUUUUAUUCUGGAAGUGAAUCCCUCCCUAAGGUUGAAGGAACAAAUGUAACAGGAAUUGAAGAAAUAGUCAUUCCAAAAAAGAAAACAUGGGAUAAAGUGGCUGUUCUUCAGGCACUUGCAACCACAGUGAACAGGGACCCCACAGCUGUACCUUAUGUCUAUCAAGAUGACCCUUACCUCAUCCCAACCUCUACUGUGGAGUCGCGUUCGUUUUUAUUGGCAAAGAAGUCUGGGGAGAAUGCAGCAAAGUUUAUUAUUAAUUCACAUCCCAAAUAUUUCCAAAAGGAUGUAGCUGAGCCUCAUAUUCCGUGCUUAAUGCCAGAGUCCUUUGAGCCUCAGAUUGAAGAUGUGAGUGAAGCCGCCCUGAGGGAACGGAUCAGACUCAGGAGAGUCAAGGCUUCUGUGGACCUCUUUGAUCAACUCUUACAAGCAGGAACCACAGUCUCUCUUGAAACAACUAAUAGUCUCUUGGAUUUAUUGUGCUACUAUGGUGACCAAGAGCCCCCAGCUGACUAUCCAUUUCAACAAAAUGAGCAUACGGAAAACUUGGAAGAGGCUACAGAGGAAAGUAAUCAGACAUCCAAGAUGAAGACUAUUCCUUGGAAAACACAAAACAAUGCUGAGAGAGUCUUUGCUCUAAUGCCAGAGAAGAAUGCACACUCCUACUGCACAAUGAUCCGAGGGAUGGUAAAGCACCGAGCUUAUGCACAGGCAUUGAACUUGUAUACUGAGUUAUUAAAUAACAGACUUCGUGCUGAUGUGUACACCUUCAAUGCACUGAUUGAAGCAAAGAUGUUUAUGCCUGAUGAGAAAUUUGAGGACAAAUGGAAUAACAUACAGGAUCUGCUGAAACAUAUGGUCGCACAGAAGGUGAAACCGAACCUGCAGACUUUCAAUGCCAUGCUGAAGAGUCUCCGGAAGUUUAACUUGCUUGGAAAGCUGCCGGCCUUACAGACAUUACGUGAAAUGAAACACAUUGGAAUAGAGCCCUCACUUGCAACAUACCAUCAUAUUAUUCAGCUCUUUUAUCAGCGAGCUAACGCUAUAAAAACACCAUCCCUCAUCAUCUAUGAUAUUAUGCAGGAAUUAGAGGGAAGGACAUUUUCCCCACAGGACCUGGAUGAUGAUAAAUUUUUUCAGUCGGCCAUGAAUGUAUGUUCAUCUCUCAGAGAUUUAGAACUUGCUUACCAAGUACAUCGUCUUUUAAAUACGGGGGACAACCGGAAAUUGAUUGGAAGUGAUCUUCAACUCAAUUUCUAUUAUUCGAAAUUUUUCAGUUUGAUUUGUUCAAUGGAACAGAUUGAUGUCACCUUGAAGUGGUAUAAGGACCUAAUACCUUCAGUCUUCUUUCCCCACUCCCAAACUUUGAUAGGGCUUCUCCAAGCAUUGGAUGUGGCCAAUAGGCUAGAAAUGGUUCCUCAGAUUUGGAAAGAUAGUAAAGAGUAUGGCCAUACUUUCCGAGAUGCCUUAAGACAAGAAAUCUUGAUGCUCAUGGCCAGGGAUAAACACCCACCAGAGCUUCAGGUGGCAUUUGCUGACUGUGCUGCUGAUAUCAAAUCCACAUAUGAAAGCCAAGAUGCCCGGCAGACUGCUCUUGAUUGGCCAGCCAACUCUCUACAGUGUAUAGCUGUCCUUUUUUUAAGAGGUGGCAGAACCCAGGAAGCAUGGAAAAUGUUGGCACUUUUCAAAAAGCAUAAUAAGAUUCCCAGAAGUGAAUUGUUGGAGGAGUUUAUGGACACUGCAAAAGCAUCUGAGAGCCCUGCUUUGGCCAUUGAGGUGGUGAAGCUGGCAAGUGCCUUCAGCUUGCCUGUUUGUGAGAGCCUUGCCCAAAGAGUAAUGACAGAUUUCACAGUCGACGAAAAACAAAAGGAAGCCCUGGGUAACCUCACUGCGUCAAACAACAGUAGCAAUGGAGACAGCAGCAGUGACAGUGACAGUGACAUCAGUGAAGACAAAAGAAAGUGAGGUGGCUCACCAUAGCUGCUGGAACGUUGGAAGUAGUAGCUAAGCAGACACAGGGCUGAAGAUGUAAACUCAGUGGUGCAGCACUAGCUAGACACAAGGCCUAGGAUUCUUCUCCAGCACCUGAGAUGCAGAUCUGGGCAGCUUUUGCCUAAACAGUGACCAGCACUAUGAGGUCUGUGCAAUGCAGUGUCUGCAGACUUCACUCCCAUUAAUCAUCAUGUUAGAGCUCACUGGCCUUUGCUGCCCACCUGCUCUGUGGUGUGCUGGCCCUUUGGCCUAGAAAUACCAGUUUAAACUGGUUCUCAUGCCGGUACAUAAUUGCUGUUGUAUUGAUCGUAUCCCAGUUUGGGGAGUACUUAAUGUGAAUAACUGUCUUAGAACCAAUUAUAUCAGAAGCAAGUAACUGGUUUUAGGUUACACAACUGGCAAAAUGAUUAAAUAAACAGUGAUUUGGUGUGUGCUUUUAUUUAAA